ACCAUCUCGACCUCGAACAAAGCCUCUUUGACAUUGUUUCAUCUUCAUUUGUCUCAUCUUGACAAACGACAAUAUGCAAUAUGGACACAGUUCAAGGUGACAAGUUUGUGAUUGAUUGUGCAAAAUGGAUUCGAUACAACGAAGCAAAGUUGGGCGAUAUUGCCGGCCCUUCUGCUUCUUCUAUUGGAACUUGGAUCAAUCCGGUUAAUUGGAUGCUGGCAGGAGGAACAGCUUCUACUCCAAACCCAUCACAAGGAAAUGCCGCUAGACCUGGACCCCGUACACGAACCAUGUCAACACUAGCAUCUUCAACUUCUAAACCUCAAGCUGCACCCCUUCGACCGAUGUCAUUCAGAGUUACAAGUCAUCAUCUGUACUACCUUUUGAUCCGUUGUGAAGCUCUAGGACUACCGAUUGGCUCUUUAGACGUGCGAAUACCCAAACGAUCACGUCCAUCUACCUACUUUGCCUUUAUUUCUAAUAAUGCAGCCGGAGCAACCAUCAAAAAACGCGAUCGGGAAGAAACGAUGAGUGUGUCAUCUUUACAAACAACAAUGAGCGCUUUUGGCCUUGGAGGAUCGGCAAAAGGUAAAGGAUCAUGGUGGUCAGGAGAAAAGCAUGAUAUCACCGCAGAUGUUCGAUUUAUCUAUUCGUCCAUGACCAAAUUGCCCGCUUUACGAAUCGGUCCGCCUCCUUUAAAACUUAUUCGAGAUUUUGAAGAUUGUCCAGGUGAAAUGUCUGUGCCUUUGGAUGCAUUCAAGAAUGUACAGAUCUUGGAAUUUGAGGACGCCGAUCCAAGAGCAUUCCUAGGUUGGGACCGAUUGAGUAUGCAGCUACGUAGUCUUUCAUUCAAGCGGAGCGGCGUGGAAGAUGUUUCGGAUAUCAUCAUUGAUGCUGUACUGAAUGAUGGAAAACGAAGGAGGGGCGAGAAGAUACCGCAACGGAAACGCAAAGUGCACGCAUCAGAAGAAACAGAAGAAAGCGAAGGAAUGCAAUCAUCUACUGAUACGAGUAAUGGUGUAUCAAGUGAAGCCACAGGCGGUGUAGAAGAAGAGACUGAAAUUGCAGAACCACUUCCGUCAUUGUCUUGGCACUUUCUUCGGCAUCUUUCCUUAUCCGACAACAGCUUGACCUUCGUGCACCAUUCGCCUAUCGCAUACAUUACCAAUCUGACCUCGAUUGAUCUCUCGCACAAUCUGCUCAAUGCCGUUCCGCCUUCUCUUAGUGCUUUAACAAAAUUACGAUCAUUGAAUAUAAGCAACAAUUUGAUCGACUCAGUACUAGGCAUACCGGACUCAAUUCCCCUGAUUGAGGCUCUGAACCUGUCACAUAACCGGUUGGAGAGUCUAUGUGGCUUAGAAAGACUCACCAAUCUUUCGCGUGUCGACUUACGAUCCAAUGAGGUCUUUGAAGCUGGCGAAAUUGGCAGAUUGGCUACAUUGGAGUAUAUAACAGAAGUCUUCAUCGCUGGAAACCCUCUCUUGGAAGAAGAAGAUGAUGCCAGAGUCUUAGUCUUUGCGGAAUUUGCAAAAGAAGGCAGAAUUCUCGAGAAUAUCAAGUUAGACGGUGAAAGUAUUGGUUAUUUCGAAAAGCAACGAGUGAAAGAGAUUGUACCCAAUAUGGACCGAUUAGCGAUGACACGCAACAGCAAGCGUACUCCAAAAGGUACUCCCGGACAUCGCAAUGAGACACCACUAGCCAGCGAACUUGCCAAGCUUGCCAAAAGCUCUGUGAUCGUCAAAAAUGUGCGUCAUCGAGGAGGUGCGGGGCAUGGAAGGCGAUCGACAAACCUUUCUGGACAUCCUUCCCACAAACCGGAAGACGGUGGUCAGCCAGCCGAAUCCUCGUCACACAUUCAAGCACAAACAACGACAUCUCGCACAAAUGCAGCUCAGAGGCGGAAUCGUAGAGUGGUUGAAUUGGCAGAAAGCGUACACGAAGGAGAAGAAGGCGAUACAUCCAAGAGCCGAGACGAUCACCCAAAAAGAGAGCAGAGUGAAGCCAGUGAUUCGGAUUUGAUCAAAAAGGCUGCUUUAGCCGGCAACACCGAUGUUGCCAUGGGAUCCGUUACAGAGAAUGUUGCCAAACCUGCCACACACGAAUCGAAUCGUACAGAAAAUGAAUUGAAUUCCUACAAAGGUGGAUCUGAUGCUAAUAAAGCUGGGAACAAGUACAACGUUGCAGAUAAGAAUGGAAAAACAAAUAUUACGAAGGAGGGAAAUACGAAUACCGCUGAUGCGGCAGCAGGAGCGAAGGGGAACGACAAAGUAUCUGCUACAAAACAAGUACAACCACCAUCAAGUGGAAAUGAGAGUAAUUUGACAAGUCAAGAAUUACGUCGAAAGAUUGAAGCACUGAAAGGAGAGGUAGGGGAUGAUUGGAUGCGUCUAUUGGCAAGAGGUGAAAGCACAUAA